GACAAGUAUUACACGAUGUUGAAUACGCGCGGUCGCACAUACAUUUUCUAUAAUAAUCAUUACAAUUAGCGAUUUUCAACUCUCAUAUGCAUUCUGCGUAAUUACUGUUAAUUUUAACAUUAAUAUACUUAUUUAUAUUAAUGUUAUAAUACAAGAUAAUCUAUUAAUAAUAAAAGUAACACCGAGUGAUGCGUUAAUUUGGCCGUCCGAUUUUCGAGUGCAGAGCGGAUCGUAUGUCUUCGUGCGUGUAUAAUUUUUGCAUUAUUUUUUCGGUAGAAUAUAAAAAGAUGUUACGUGAUUAAUGUUCGCGAGUGCCAUAAAAAGUACCGCGCUAUCGCUGUCUUUUGCUGAUCAAUGCGUGCGCGAUUGUAAUUAAUUGUGUGUGUCUGCGUGUGAGUGCUAUGAAGAAACAACAGACGAGGAAGCCUGGGAUGGCAUCAAGUGAUGGCGGAGCUACUAUGAGGAUGAGAUGCGAUGAUUUCUAAGGAAGCGUUUCUCUCCACUUUGAAUCAAUUUUAUCCUCAAGAAGGAAUAUAUCGAUUCGCGAAAGUAUUUCGAAGUCUCGCCGAUAUCUGCACAGAUGUCCCCGGAUGUCGUCAUUGCGGUUGUAAUCGCCGCCGCUUCCGCCCCCGCUGACGCUAAACGUCACGAUGGCGGCGGUGGUGGCGGCGGCUCGCACACUGCGCCCCCUGAUGCGGGGUGGGAAAGAGUAUUGAUUGGUCCGUCUUCGUGGUCGUCGCCGUCGUCGUGGGCGCCUUGCAAAAGGGUGGCGGAAUCGCCAGGCGCUAUCACGCGGGUCAGCCGCGACCGUGUCGUUGAGAAGGACGUCCAGCCAGCGUCCGGCCGCGGUACCGACUCGCCGAAAAGAUGGUCAUGAUGGCUGGCAUGGACGACCACGAGCGCAAAGUCGUCCUCGAGUUCUGCCACCUGCUCGAGAAGAGCAAGCAGCUGUUCAACGGGCUGCGCGACCUGCCGCAAUACGGACACAAGCAGUGGCAGGGUUACUUCGGGCGUACCUUUGACGUCUACACGAAGCUCUGGAAGUUCCAGCAACAGCACAGGACGAUACUGGACACAAAAUAUGGCCUCAAGAGGUGGCAGAUCGGCGAGAUUGCCAGCAAGAUCGGUCAGCUUUAUUACCACUACUACCUACGUACCAGCGAGACGAGCUACCUGCACGAGGCCUAUUCGUUUUAUGCGGCGAUACGCGGUCGCGCCUACUACAGCCGCGCAGCUAAGGAGGACAGGAGUGAUCUGAUGGUGAAGAAGCUCAGGUAUUAUGCCCGCUUCAUCGUCGUAUGCCUCCUGCUGAAUCGUAUGAAGCUCGUGCGGGAGCUCGUGCAGGAGCUCGAUGCCCAGAUAGCCGAUUACACCAGCACGUACGAGCCGGACGAUCAACUCGAGUGGAAUCUCGUCCUCGACGAGAUCAAAGCCUUCGUCAAGGCCGAGUCCGCGGUCGGAGUCCUGCACUCGGACUCGAAUCCGAUCGUGCUGACUCACAGGCUCGGUCCGCAAACCUGUCCACCUGUCGAACGAUCGCCACCCAUGUGCCUAUCUCUCCAAGAGAUCCUAAUCGUCGGCAAUUGCGCCGAUCAGGUGAAGUUCAGUGAGUUGUCGAUGGACAUGUUUAGAAUGCUGCAGACACUCGAGCGGGAACCCAGAGACGAUCCGAAUCAUCUGCACGACGCCUCGCCCGCCGGUCGGAUGCCCUUCAGACCCGGGCCUUAUCCAGGACCGGAGAACGGCGCGCCGAGACGCGACAAUCCGCACAAGUACCUGCUGUACAAGCCGACCUACAGUCAGGUACAAGUGUUCCUCGCGAGUGGCUUCAAGGAGCUACCGGCCAAUGGCGCGUUACUGCUGUACCUGUCGGCGGACGGCUGCUUUUCCACCGUCAAGCAUCCCGAAGAAAUGGGGUACGACCUGGGUGGCGUGUCCACGUGCAGCAAGAGGGAUCCCGAGCAUGGGAAGAGGCCGGCCGGUGGCAAGGAGCCGCAUUGCCUGUACCCGGGCGAUCUCUAUCCGUUCACCAGGAAGCCACUCUUCGUCGUCGUCGACUCGGACAACAGCUUCGUGUUCCAGCAGAUACCGCGCUACUUCGGCCAGCCCCUGAUGGUGCUGAUGUCGCCGCAGGAUGUGCCACCGACUCUGCGCGACCUGCGACACAGUGGCAGCCUGUUCACCCUCUUUCUUCACGCCCCCCUCGCCGCCUUCUGCCUUAUAUGCAACGUCGGGAGUCUGCCCGUGCAACAUUGGGAGCGCUGCCAGCGUUACAUCGAGCGAUUCCUUAACGAGGCCAGUCAGCUCGUAACGCGUUCCCGAUGCGAGACCAGCGUACUGCAGUUCUUUGGCGACGACUUUCUGCGGCUACUGCUGGUACGCUACGUGUUCUGUGACGUGGUGCUGAAUUUACAUCGUUCGUUCAGAGGUCGUCAACAGAGGCCGCGUUGCCAUCCGCCUCUGCCGGACGCGGAGGUCCUCGAGCAUCCAACUCUUCAUCAUCUGGUGCUCGAUCUGGCCGCCUGUCUGGAUGCACGUGACCAUUUCCCGGAUAGUAACGAGCUCGCCUGACCCCGGCAUCUUCCUUGCUCAGGCCCCGACACGACUCUGUUACCAUCUCACAACCACGAUUACGAUUACGACUACUGUAAUUACAAUUGCAACAAUAAAAUCGUUACACUGAGACCUCAUUAAACCGCGUCUUCGCAGUAAUCGCGAGAUAGCGGCCACGUGUGUACGUGUGACUCGAUCCCGGGACUCUGAAAAAGAGACGAGGAACGAUCCCGAGAUUUCCAAAUACGGCACACGAAUGGUAGUAUUGCGAUAUAUGUUAUACGAUAUGCAGCACUGAAGCACGAUAUCGCUCUACCGAGAUUUAACGUGAUUCAUAGACGACGGGACUUGUUUACACCGUCCGAUUAUACCGUUCGCGCUGCGCUGCGACAUCGAGAAUCCCUAAAUACACGAUCGAACGAGUGUACUGCUACUACGCACCGACGCUUCGGACUGAUAAUGUAAAAAUAAAAAAAAACUACUGCUUUGGGUUUUCUUUGAGAAAGUUACACGCUCGAUGAAAAAAAUGCGAAUUUGAAUGCUUGAAUUGUAACAUAGGUAUAUAUAUAUACAUAUACAUAUGUAUAUGUAUGUAUAUAUAUGUACAUAUAUAUAUAUAUAUAUAUAUAUAUAUAUAUAUAUAUACAUAUAUAUAUGGAAUGGCAAUAUAAUUUUCAUACGAAUAAUAUAAUCCCCGAUAUUUGCAUUCUUUCUGUCUCGUAAAACACGCACCGUAAAAGAGCUCUAUCUCCGCGCUAACUUUGCGCGAUUCAAGAUAGAGACUCAUUACCAUGGUCACUUGCGAUCGGCCGAGCCGUCAUCACCCACGCGCGCAACGUCUCUUUUCUCCUCCGCUUGUUUAUUUAUAAGCAAAAAGUAGACCGCGGCCUGCAAGUUUGACGUUAACCGCACGGAUGAUGACUCGUACGGAACGAGCGAGUUGGAAGAUUAUCGAAGAAAAUGUUUCGCGUUCAUUUGUACAUGUGAUCAUCCCUCCUGGACGACAACCACAAUAUCGGACCUUAGCGGCCGAACGAACGUCGAGCGAAUGUCGUUAUAGAACUCCUAGCAUAAUAUACACACAACACACACACACACAUACGCACACACCUCUCAUACACUCACACACAUACAUACGUAAUGUAUUAUAUAUUUAUACACAUGCUGUACAUUCUAUAUAUUUUAUAAAGUAUUGCAAAGAAUGGAGAGUUUCAGAUCUACCGGACCAUCUUUCAGUCAAUGGAAUAUAGUUGGAUUUCGAGCGGAAU